AUGAUUGAUUCCAUUUUCGAGGAUCAGCAACCGAAAUUGGAUUUUUGUGACCAUUUUAAUGAUAACUCAACUGAAAACACUGUUGAGACAACGCUAGAAUCAUCGGAAGUGUGUACUGACAUAUGCAGCAAUGAAACAUAUGGGGAUCUUUUCCUUAUGGACUCGGGCGAACUUCUUGGCCUUCGGGAAGAGGUGAUCGGUAGCGACAGCUCUGAACCAAGCAGUGAAACCCAUAGUGUUGAGGAAUCAUUAUUAGGUCAUGAUUCUCCAUUUGAAGCACAGGGGUCAAGUGACGCAAGGAAUGAGGCCUUCGAGUUUGAGGCAGAAUUUAGGCGAGGGCAGGAAGGUGCUAGUCCUCGAAAAAUCGAAGACGUUUCUCCCUUAGGUGCAUCCUCCGAGCCGCCAUCUUUGUUGUCCUACUCCGAGGAGACCUCUCUUUCUCUCCUAAAUGGAGAAGCUACUGAUUGGCGUCCCCACCUCAAGGUCAGUGUUGAUGAUCUUGUGGAAAAUAAUGUUACACCGGUCGCUGCUCCGUUGCCCACUUCGUCGCCGGCACCUCAACAGAAGCUCACCGUGGUCACAACAGCGGCCGCAGUCAAUCGUUUGCGUAUUCUGCCCAUUGCAACCUAUCGACUUCCUGUUCCACCGUCGAAAAAGGAUGUAGUGACAUGGCCCAGCAACCUAACUCUCUUCUAUUCCAAACAGACUUCACUGAACACCCAAACUCAACCCCGAGAUUUGUCAGGCUACAAAACAGCAUCAAUUGGUGAUGCAGACAGGAGUUCUCUCAACGUCGGAGCUGGUUGGCAAGUGGUGACUAUUUCCACAGCCAGUGCAACUGUCAGUCGUCGCAUCUUCUCUCCGUCAAGUCAUCGUCGCGGUGCCUUGGUAACCCCUUCCGUCGUCAAGUUGUCAUCGUCCCCUGCGGCCGCGGCGGUGGCGAGCGCCUCAACAGGUGCUGUGCGUUGUGUUGUCUGUCCCCAGCUGGGCUGUGGGAAGGCCUUCAGGGACACGGCGGCGAUGCGGAAACACCUCCACACCCACGGACCCCGAGUGCACAUUUGUGGGGAGUGUGGUAAAGCCUUCGUGGAGUCCAGCAAGCUAAAACGACAUCAGCUGGUACACACCGGCGAGAAACCAUUCCAGUGCACAUUUGAGGGUUGUGGUAAGCGCUUCUCGCUGGACUUUAAUCUCCGGACGCACCUGCGGAUCCACACUGGCGACCGGCCCUACCCCUGUCCGCAGCCCGGCUGCGCAAAACGCUUCGCUCAAUCCACCAACCUGAAGUCGCACCUGGCCACGCACACCAAACUUCGCUCUGCUCAUGUCGGCACUACCUCUCCCGCUCCCAGCACCGCGUACUUGCCCUCUCGGUACCAGUCCCACCGCAUCUCCCAGCUCUCCUCCCCUCAUCAUCAGCGGCCCAAGCAGAACCCCGCGUUUCUCACUCAACAGAAACAACGCGGUGGUGGUUGUGGAUUUUAUCUGCCGCCCACGGCUACCGCAACGACGAAUAUUCCAGCAUUUAAUACAGCGAGCUCAACUGCGUCUCCAUGUGUGGCCGCGGCAGCGGCAGCAGCUUUUCGCAAGCUCUAUGGUGAUGAGGACUGUGGUUUCACCAGACCGCACCUUCUUUCCCCCAUGAAAACAGCCUCGUCUCAUCUCCUGGCCCUCCAAACCCCUCUUUCGGUCUCCUUAUCUCCCUCUGUUUCCUCUCGUCCGCGAAUCCUCCUCACGAACCGUGGUCGAAAUCUUGCCUUCCAGCGCCCCACUCCACCACUCGCUGCGACAAUUGCCCUGCAGUCCUCAUCGUUGCCGGUAAUAAAACGGGAGGACUUUGGUCCGCAUUUCGAUGAUCCUCUCCUCUCCUCGGUGCUUCCUCCUCCACUCCACAAUAAGUCGACACGAAAGCAAAAUCUGUUCUCUUCACCGUCGGACAAAGUUCCUGCUGCCGCGGCUGCUACCGUUGUGGAUGAAGGCGUAGAUGUCUCCUCGGUUGUUGCGGUAGAAGAGGAAGUUGAGAAUCCCUUCAUUUACGGCAUCCCUUUGCCCCCCUCUGCCGCACCAAGCCCUCACCGACGGGGGCGGGCGCAGAGGGGCACUAAAAAGAGUCUUGGAAACCCUCCACAAAAGACUCCCUCUUCGUCACCGUACUUCACCCGCUCCUCGGUGGCUGCCGGCAGACGACGAAGAGUCGCUUCCGGUCGUCUGAAAACCGUCACGCCUGCUCGUAGCCAUCGCCGGCGGGUCUAG